AUGACUUUCAAAUGCAUGAAGUGCAAGUCGAAAACUUUCAACUCCGCCGAAGCAUUGGCCGCUCAUCAGGCUGCGUUGGGCCAUGGUCAGGAAGGCUAUGAACAUUGCGAAAGGUUGAAUGACGGGAACCUGACAAUUAUAAACCGAUACUAUACGUCGUCGAAAAAUAGCACCAGCGGAGACAAACAUCGCGGCCACAGACCUGCACGACACAGAGAUCCUGGCGUUCGACUGGAUCUUGCUACUCAUAAGCGAACUUUUACUGUCCUUUCAAAGGAGGAACAUGGUUUUCUUCACGAUAAACUCUUAGCAGCAUGCCACUUAUCUGCACGCCUUCAGGCACAGGGAUACAGGCUCACAGUUGAACCCCCUGAAAAGAAGCCUCGUAAGGACAGACCACCGAAAGAAAAGUCGCCCAAGGAUAAGGACGCUGAAGUCAAAAUUCAGGAAGUGAAGCAACUCGAUGCGAAGUUGCCCCAAAACAAGCCACCCGACAAAAAGACCUCGACGAACUCAUCCAAAUCUUCGAACGACAAACCCAAGGAGCCUAUCUUUUUCUUCCACACGCCACAGUCAGUCCCUCGACGAUCAUUCCAGACAAGGAAAGCAAUAGCUCUCGACUGUGAGAUGGUUGAAGUAAUGGGUGGCCAGGAUGAGGUAGCCUUCUUCAGUGCCGUUGACUUCUUGACGGGAGAGGUGCUCAUCCACAAAUACGUCCAACCUACGAAAAGAGUUGUCCACUGGCGAACGCAGGUAAGUGGAAUAACGCCGAUGGCCAUGAACGCCGCAGCACGAGCUGGCCAGGCGUUGCUGGGGUGGAAAUCUGCUCAACAAGCGCUUUGGAAGUACGCCGACGCGGACACCGUCCUUAUUGGACACUGCCUCAACAACGACCUCAAAGUUCUUCGAAUAAUUCACCCAAAAAUUGUAGACUCUGCAAUCUUAUCGAGUGAAGCGGUUUUCAACCUGGCGCCCGAUGUGUCACUCAGACGGAUCUGGGCGCUGAAGUUGGUCACGAAGGAGUUUCUUAAUCGGGCCAUUCAGACUGGAGGUAAAAGAGGGCACGAUUGUCUUGAGGAUGCCUACAGCGCCCGGGAUGUCGUUAUUUGGUGCCUCAGAAACCCUGACAAGUUGAUGGUUUGGGCACAGAAUGCUAGAGCCGAGCAUGAGGCCAAGAUGGAACAGCUGCGCAAGGAGCGUGAGGCUCGGGCCCAGGAGGAGAAGGAGAAAGCAGAGAAGGAGAAAGCAGAGAAGGAGAAAGCAGAGAAGGAGAAAGCAGAGAAGGAGAAAGCAGAGAAGGAGACAAAUGAGAAAAUGAAGGAAUCGGAGAUUCUCGAGAAAAGUGGGAAUGCGAAUUCAAGUGCAAAGGUUGUGCCACUGGAGAGCUGUCAAGUGCUGGAUAACCCUGAAUUGCCAGCCGAACCAGGUUGCCUGGUCUCAUAG